UGCGCAUGCGUGUGAAUUCAAGAACAUGAGAGAUGCAAAGUCCAAGAAAAAGGCCAAUAUGAUGGAGAGAAUUGAGGAAGGCAUUCAACAAUCCGAUCGCAUUGUAUUAAAAGAUGUCAAAGAGAACAUUAGUGAAAACAGUGUUAUUCGAAAAGGGAUAGUUGGAGACUGGAAAAGUCUGUUUACGCCCGAGCAGACUGACAGAUUCAACACGCUUUACAGACAGAGAGCACUACCAUCUCAUCCGUUAGAAUUUAAAGAAUAUUUGGAGACCUAAUCAACCUACUGAAAAUACUCUCAUUGUUAUUUAUUUUUUA